AUGUCGAGCCAGCACGUUGCGGUUGUAAGGAUAAGCCGUGGAUUGGAAGCCGAUGCAAUCACGGUGGUGUCGGCAUACUUUAAGUACAAUGUGCCGACACACCACUUUAUCGAAAAGUUGCGUACAAUUCUAAUGCGUGAAGCCCGCACCCUCAUUGGGGCAGAUGUUAACGGGCACUCUCUGUUGUGGCACUGCCCGACUGGAAAUAACAGAGGACUCCAAACAGAGGAGCUGAUAGAAGACUUCGACCUUACGGUGGCGAAUAGGCCCGGUCAAUUGAGUACAUACGAGCGCGAAGGCAUGGGCGCCUCGAAUAUUGAUGUGACGUUGCUCACACCCCAAGUCCGCGACAUGGUCAGCAACUGGAUGGUCAGUGAUACCACAGACAGCGACCACAGGGUUAUCUCAUACAGCCUCAGUCUCAAUCAGAGAGUACCGCAAAUCAUGAUCCCGUGCCGCUUUAACACACGUAAGGCAGAUUGGCGCGGUUUUGCAAACAACCUGAGCAGGCUAAAGCCUACUGUGGACAGGUCAACGAUAGAUACUCAGGCCCAUACUAUUAUAGAUGUAAUCCGCAGGGCGGCGGUAGCGUCAAUUCCGAGGAUUAGAAAACCAGGCGUCCGGGCUGGCAGACAGCCAUGGUGGAAUGAGCAGUUAACUUCCCUAAAGAAAGACUUGUGCAAAAUGCGAAGGCAGGGCAAACAUAGAAGUGAAAGGCAGGCGUACAACCAAGCACGCAACCAGUACCUGUAUCAAGUAAGAACGGCUAAGGCCGCAGCAUGGCGCAACUUUGCUAAUGACAUUAACAUAAACCCGUGGGGAAAGGCCUUCAGCUGGGCUAAGCGAGGCCCUAAGUCACGUACUGUGCCCUCGACUAUGAUGGGAGAAAACGGCGCCCACACGAGCACGCUUGGGGAAACAGCUGAACUGCUCCUCAGCUCGUUUUUCCCACGCGAAGGUAAUAAGCAAUCUUUCACAAAGCACGGCCCGCUCCUAGAGUAUGAGGAGCCGGUAGACCAAGAGCGAGUCAAAGCGGCCAUCUGGAGGAUGAGGCCAGGGAAGGCGCCAGGGUUAGACGGCAUCACGGCAGGCAUGCUAAGGAAGGCAUGGCCAAUCCUAGCUGAUGACAUUACAAAGCUGUUUGGGGAUUGCAUGAAGGAUGCCACCUUCCCCCGGGGAUGGAAGGAUGCCAACCUAGUGGUUAUCCCAAAGCCAGGAAAGGCGGAUAUGGCGAACCCCAAGUCGUACAGGCCGGUCAGUCUGCUGCCGACGCUCUCGAAGGCAUUAGAGACGCUGAUCAUCCAGGACCUGGUAAGAGAGACCGAUCUGGACAGUUACAGCCCGCAGCAUGGCUUUGUGCCCGGGAGAUCGACGAUCACGGCAAUAAAAGCCGCAUACGACUGGACAGAGGCCAGCAAGUCCAGGCACGUUGUCGGAGUGUUCUUGGAUAUCACAGGGGCCUUCGACAACGUCGGAUGGCACCCGAUGCUGAAGAGGCUCGACGAGCUCGGGGCGUCAGUCCGAACGCUGAGGAUGGUUGGGCACUACCUCAGUGGUCGUACAGCAUCCCUCAUGCUGCAAGGGGAACGGUACUCCCGAACGAUAGAACGUGGCUGCCCCCAGGGAUCGCAGCUGGGGCCCACUCUGUGGAAAGUCGCCAUGACGGGCUUGGAUAAGAUUAAGUUGGAUGCAUCAGCCACAACGAUACUCUACGCUGAUGACAUAGCGCUGCUUGUUGGAGCAGCUAGGCCACAGACUGCCUUCACCAGGAUCGAAGGAUACCUGGAGAAAAUGCUUACUUGGGCGGAAGAAUAUGAGCUGCGCUUUUCGCCAGCUAAGACACAGAUGAUGUCCGUUAAGGGCGGACUAAAACCAGGGUAUGAUGUGGGUUUCGGCACAAGACCAGCAGCCCCAAGGAUAGUUGCCAGUGGGACGGUCAAGUACCUAGGAGUCCACCUGGAUCCACGGUGCAGCUUCUGGGAGCAUGUAAAAGCACUGAAAAGUAAAUCUGAAGGACUGUACGUAAGGUUAAGACGGAUGACAUCCGCUAACUGGGGCAUGGGUCGCCUGGCUGCCAAGAUAAUCUAUGAAGCAGUAUUUCUCCCGCGGAUCACAUACGCCGCAGAAAUAUGGGCGGAGGAAGGGUGCGGGCUCAAAAAGAGCAUAAAUGCACUGUGCAGCAUGCAAAGAUCCCCACUGCUGGCAAUAACGAGCUGCUAUAGGACGGCAUCAACCAACUGCCUCUCGGCCGUGGCGGGCGUACUGCCCCUUGACCUAGAGGUUAGGAGAGUGACGAUGAAAUGUCGACUCAGAAAUGGCACGAUCAGCAGCCAGGAAUACGAGGACGGAGUCCAGGGCCUCAUCGCGGAAUGGCAGACCCGCUAUGAUGAGACGGACAAGGGCGAGUGGACCAAAAUAAUGAUACCAGAUCUGGCUCGAAGAUGCGCACUGCCGCUGAAAAUGGAUCAUUACACGGCCCAGUUCCUCACUGGGCACGGCGACUUCAAUGCGAAAUUGCACGGGUUCAAGCUCGUGAGAAGCGCUAAUUGCGCGUGCGGAAAUGGAGCGGAAACAGUGCGACACGUACUCUUGGCGUGCACCAGGACAAGGGCUUACCGAGAAGACCUGAUAACGGUCAUGAGGGAAGAGCAAGCAUCGUGGCCUCCCGAGAAAGGAGCCUUUCUAAGUACCAGAAGAACUUACGAAGCCCUGAGAAAGUUCAGUAGAAAGUGCAUGACGAACAGAACAGAUAGGUAG